AAGUGUUUAAUGGUGUGCGUUAUUAAAAAACUAAAGAUGGACAAGAUCACUGAUGUUUCUGUCACUAACUGCACAGAUUCUCGCUAUGUGCAACCAUUUAGAGUCCUCUACAAGCAGGACGGGAAGCAGAAGUUCUGGGAUUGCACCAAAGUCCAUGACAGUGUGAGUGUACUCAUCUACAACAAGACGAGAGAUGCUCUCGUGUGCGUGAAGCAGUUUCGUCCAGCCGUCUACAUGAGUCGACACAAGGAGCUCUGGGAGAAUUCACCCGUGUUUUCAUCACCCCUCAGUCUAAAGCCCAAACCACCACCACCCACGAACGAACAACCCCCCACUACUGAACCACCCCCCACUACUGAGCCAGCUGCUACUACUGAGCCAGCUGCUACAAGUAAUCCAGGCUAUGCCUCAGGGGCCCUGGGCUGUGCGUAUGAGAUGUGUGCUGGCAUCAUCGACAAGGGAAGCUCACUGGAGCAAAUCACUAAGGAAGAGAUUCUUGAAGAAACUGGAUACGAUGUUCCCUUGGAGAAUAUAGAGAGAGUCAGCUCCUACUACUCUGGUGUUGGGCAUUCUGGCAGCCAUCAGACGUUCUAUUAUUGUGAGGUGGCAGACUCCAUGAUGGUGAAUGGUGGAGGGGGCAACGUCCAGGAGGGGGAGUGCAUCGAGGUGCUGUAUGUACCAGCUGAUCAAGUGUUGGACCUGCUCUUCAAUGAAGAGGUGCCUAAGUCGGCAACUUUCUGUUACGCUCUACUCUGGUUCUAUCACUUUAAGAGAAGCAAGAAAUAAGAGAACUGCUAGCCAAACUUUUUAUUUAUUAUAGCCAAAACGUUGUGUUUGCUGUUAUGCUGCCGUGUGUAUAUAAGGUUUUUUACAACUCUAGA